UUCAAAGUUGAUCUAUCUUCCGGAGUACCUCGUAUGCUUGAUCUCAUACAGAAAACGACUCUUCCAACAACAGAAGACCCAGCUGCUGUGAACAUCUAUAAUUUGACUGAAACGACAGGGCUGCCGUUGACCACACUGGCCAGUCUUCAAAACGAGUGGAUAAAUGGAUUCAACUGGACAGCGGAGGAAGACGAAAUAAAUAAAUAUGAUCACUUCCUUUCAAAAAUAGGAACACAAACUGUGCACUUUAUACAUCAAAAGUCAUCAAAUCCUAACGCUAUCCCCAUAAUUCUUUUGCAUGGAUGGCCGGGCUCUUUCUUAGAGCUGACCCCAUUACUUGAUCAGCUCAUGCUCGGUAAUUCCAGUCAAACUUUCCACGUUGUCUUGCCGUCUUUGCCUGGUUUUGGGUUUUCAUCUCCCGCUCCUAAAGAUUGGACAAUAGCCGAUAUUUCUACGCUCUUUAAUACGUUGAUGACUCAGGUGCUUGGGUAUAAAACAUAUGCGUUACAUGGAACCGAUUGGGGUAGCGGUGUCUCGUUUGACAUGUACGAUUCAUUUAAUGCAACCGUCAAAGCCGCACACCUGAGCUUCCUACCUUUCUCAAGUCUCACGCCAGUACAACUUACAGCGGAGGGCAUCGUUCUUCCUUCGAGUGCAGUAGCUGAAGAGGAAAGGGCAAUGGACUUUCAAACCAAGGGCGAUAUAUAUUUUGCUGAGAUGGCGACGCGACCCAAUACCCUUGGUCUUGCAUUAUAUGAUAACCCUAUCGGACAAUUAUCUUGGCUAGCUGAAAAGUUCAUUCUCUGGUCCGACCCUAGGCGAGGAACCGGCCCUUCGACACUAACAAACAAUGAGAUUCUAAAACAUGUUUCAUUGUACUAUCUUUCAAAGACAUUCAUUACAGCGUCCUAUAUUUACGAGCAAAAUCCUACGGUCCUUUCCAGCGCUUACCCAUACCGCAAAGCAAAGACUAGCAGUCCGCUGCUCUUUACAGAUUUUCCGUACAACAUCCAGUAUUGGCCUAAGCAAGUCGUGGCAUCUGUCGGAAACUUGGUCUAUUACAAUUCUGUUGAUUUUGGCGGUCAUUUUCCAUCGUUGGAUAAUGUAGCUGCGCUGGCAGAGGACGUUAGACAAGUUGGAAAAUAUUACAAAUAA